AUGAAGUACAGUUCAGAGAUUUGUUGUUGCGACUUCGCAAAGGUGACUCAACAGUACGUUGAUGACUGGAAGUUACUUCUGACACAUCAACCAUCAAAUGUCACUAAUUUAUGUGAUUUUGAAGAUUCCACUAGACUCUUUUGUAGUAAUGAACAAGUUGGUAAUUACAACCAUGAGCAGCUGACAAAACUUGAGCAUCCAAUUGCUCAUAUUAAUGCUCGCCAUUCAUCAGCAUUGGCCAAAAAGAUAUCCUCAGAUAGCUCAGAUGAUAUGUUUGGGUUAGAACCUGUUGUGUUUCUAGCAAAAGUUGCUAGGGUCAUGUUAACCAUGAAUUUGUGGUCAAGUGUUGGCCUCUGCAAUGGGGCUACUGGAACAGUUGUUGAUAUUAUCUAUCAGAACAACCAUCAACCACCUGACUUACCUAUUGCGGUAAUAGUAGAAUUUGAAAACUAUAGAGGACCUGUUUUUAAUGAAAACCAACCAUUGUGUAUCCCAAUAUAUCCAAUCACUGUUACAUCACAGACAGAAAUAGGUUUCCAUGAGAGACACACUUCCAAAAGCAUGGAUAGAUAUUGGCAAAUCUGAAAGAACUGCUGGAGUUUCCUAUGUUGCUAUUAGCAGAGUAAAAUCACUUGCAUCUUGUGUCAUUGAACCAAUGACGUAUGAACGAUUAACAAGCUUGAAAUCAUCAGCCAACUUACAAUAUAGGCUUGAAGAAGAAAACAGGCUAGAUCAGUUAGCACAGGCCACUAGCAGUGCAUUUAGAACAACAAACUAUUGAGUUUGAAUAAGAGAGGGAUUUCGUAUAUGGAUCCCAGUUAUAGUUUGGUAUGUACUUUGACUAUAUACCCUUUUAAAUAAUUUAAUUUAUUAUAUAAUAACUAAUUUACUCCUUGUUAUCACUGAUGUAUGAAAAUAUUAUGAUUUGCAAGACAGAAGAAGGGUAAGUUUUUGUUUGUUUGUUUAACCCCUCCCCCUGCCCUACUUUUAUUUUCACUCAGUUAUGUGCCAGUAUGUUUCCACAUUAAUAUCUCAUGCUACCAAUUAUUUUUUUCUAUAGUUUUUCAAAUCGGACGGAUGUGAAUGGUGCCAUUUUAACUGCUGGAUGAAACCAAAUCGUUGUUACAGCCAAAAUAUAAUAUGGAUAUAUUACUGUUCAUCUCAUGAAAAUGGAAAUACACUGAAAAUACAUUUCUGUUAAAACAAGAAUGCUGAUUUGCAAGAUUGGAUAUAUUACAAUGCAUCUAAUGCAAUGGAAUAUGGAAUCUGCCAUGUAUUAUUAAAUAACUGUACUUGUUUCCAAUCUACCAUAUGGAUGUCAGGAACAUUGUAUCUCUACUGUGUCAAUAUAUUAUACAUACCUUUAUAUGUAUAGUAACCUAACAAGUUAUUGGACAAUAUCAUGGCCAACAAUGGACACUACCUGUACGUGCUAAAUAAAUACGAAACAUCUGCAUAUUGGACAAAAAACAAUUAAUGGCACUGUCUUGUUUACCAAUUGGAAAAUACAGUAGACUAUUAUUACUUGGAAAGAAUGUGAAAACUUGCAACAAACUAAUCAUAUCACGUUAAAAGACAGUAUGUUUGUUCUUUCCAAUUGUGUUCUUCUAGACGUUUUGACAAGUGAAGACGGUUGAAAACAUUGGUACCAACAAUCACAUGUGUAAAUAAGAAAAUCCGAAGUACAGUUUACAGUAUAUAAUAAUUAUUGCAUUAUCAAACAAAAUAAAUUCAUACAUACAGUGUAUUUAUAGUAUAAGGCAAUUUAAAUAAAUAAAGUUUUUUGGUAUAAUCAAUCCCCAAGACUUUGGGUCGUAAGGCAGCACUUCCCUUGCGAUAGUAACUCCUAGUUUAAUAUAUAAUUGUCAUGCAUGGGUGACUCCCUACUUGCGACUUGACUUACGUCUGUGUUCUAAAAGCUCACUCACUCUCGCCCUUAAGUAACAUUCAAGGGAGGAACAUAGAUAGAUAGAUAGAUAGAUAGAUAGAUAGAUAGAUAGAUAGAUAGAUAGAUAGAUAGAUAGAUAGAUAGAUAGAUAGAUAGAUAGAUAGAUAGAUAGAUAGAUAGAUAGAUAGAUAGAUAGAUAGAUAGAUAGAUAGAUAGAUAAAUAGAUAGAUAGAUAGAUAGUUAGAUAGAUAGAUAGAUAGAUAGAUAGAUAGAUAGAUAGAUAGAUAGAUAGAUAGAUAGAUAGAUAGAUAGAUAGAUAGAUAGAUAGAUAGAUAGAUAGAUAGAUAGAUAGAUAGAUAGAUAGAUAGUUUAAUUAGUCACUUUUUGCAUACCCUUUUACCGCAUCCCCUCCCCACCCUAACCCCCUCCCAAGAUGUCUCGUGUCUUUGGCACUCGAUACUUGUGUCUUUGUAUUACCAUGGAUAAUAAAAUAAAUGGAUAGGAAACUAGCUGACGUGACCUAAUGUUUUCAAUGGGCUGAUGGCGUGAUUGGAUGUUGAAACCUAGUUGCAAACGAAAUUCUCAAAAACGGCAUGUUUUAUAGCAUUAGCUGUUAUACAGCUAAACAUUUUAGUCAAAGAGCAAAUUAAUAUAACUACGCCGUUCUCCGAUGAAAUAUUUAGUAUUCCCAUGCAGUCAACUUUAGCAAAUAUUUCAAGCACUAAACAGUGAAAAAGGCAUCCCAAAUUUCGUUAAAAUUGGGGACGCCAAUUUCGUAGCUACAAAUGUAAAACAAUACAAAACAAAGACGAAAAACAUUUACCUUGAGUACUUUGUCGUGGCUUAGGCAGUUUUUAAAACAAUUAGACCAGUAUAUGCUUCAAUAGUUCAAUAUUACUCUUUUAAAGCGGAAAGUAUAGCGAAACAACAAAAAUGCCGAGAACUUUGCAAUACGCGUGACGUCACAGAUUGCAACUAGGUUGUUUUUGCUUACGUCAGCUAGAGUCCUAUCCCCUUAUUUUAUUAUCCAUGGUAUUACUUCCGGGGAUCCACAUCAACUUUCUUUCGUUAGGCAAAACGAACCCACACCGCCCUAAUGUUUAGACCUAACUUAGCCCCUGUAUAGAUUAAUUAUACAGUAACCACUUCAAAAUAACCACUUUGGUGUAUUCCACUUCGUUAGGGAAAAGGACUAAGAUGCCAUAGUUAUCAGAUCGGCUACUUUUUGUGGGGUAAGUAUUUCUUGUUCCUGCAGGGAUGUGCAUAUAGCGGUAUGUAUUCGGUAAAAAUUUAUUAUAGAAUAGUAUUGGAACUUUUAUUAGAACCACAAACUGAAAAUAUUUUCACUUGUUUUUUUGCAUUAGGAUCUGAGAAAUUGUUUAAAACGAUAUUUAGAGAAAAUGUUUUCCAGGACUGUAAAUUGUUCUCUGUUGCAUAUAAUAUUGUGUGGCGACCGCUGUUCCGUAGAAAUGUGAAAAAUGCAACUAUAGGUCGUCUGGUAGGAAUCGAACCUGCUGCCGUGCGACUUUGGUUCAGCGCUCUAAUCAACUGAGUCCAGUUGACAAGCAUUAUCCACCGUUCUUGUAUAUGUAUAUAUAAUGGGUGAUGCCAGUUUAAGGUAUGGGUAACUAUUGAAAAUUUGGGUAUCUUUCUCGAUAGAACUAACAGUUGAAGGGUUUUGGAGAUGGAAAUUUCAAACGGAAAUUCUAUCGAGCGUGAUGCCUGAAGUCUUCAUAUUUGCCCAGAUUAUACGGCAAAUCCCUACGUUGAGUGAAAUAUAUAGAGGAUAUUACACGGCGGCGCGAAGAUAUGAUUUUUAUCUUCGAGUGGUGAAAACAAUAUUUUGCGACCGAGCGCAGCGAGUGAGUAAAAUAUUGUUUUUGACACGAGAAGAUAAAAGUCAUAUCUUCAAGCCACCGUGUAAUGUUCUGUUUAUUAUAUAGUCCCAAGCAAAAAAUUGUAUAAAUACUAAAAGUCACGUGAUCGAUAUCGUCGCUAGUGAAGACAUGGAAAAUAUGUCACUGUGUAUUUCUCAGUAUCUCACUCUACUAUAUAAUAAAUGGUCACCUUGAAGUUGACAACCCUCCCCUUCUUACCCCAUUUUUAAAGUUUAGCAAGUUUCUUCCGCAUUUUUCGUCCUAGGCUACAUAUUGCUGUUGUCGCUGUUAUCUGUGACCUUUUUUGUUCUUUACUUAUUGACACUUGAUCCCGUUCAAAAUUUGGUUAUGAACUACGUGAAAGGAGGAGGGUAAGUGAUAUUCAGUAUUAUGUACGUAAGGUAAGUGAUACGUUGAUAUGUACGAUGAGCUUUUUUCUGUAAUUUUUUGUUCAAAUCGCAACGAAGAGCUGUUAAAGUACACCUCCUUCCAAUUUUUAAAAAUUGGAUUUGGUUACUAAUGUGUGACGGAAAAUUCAGACAACAAAAAGGAGCGAGACGGUGUUAUACAGUUGAUUUCAUGUAACUUUUCCGUGAAUGUUGCGAACUUCGUUCCGCACUUCAUUGUGAAGUUCAAAAGUUCAUACUGAAAUUCACAAGCCCGUAUGUAAACAAAGCCUCUGAUUGGUCCCUUAACAAAAAUAAGCCAAUUAUUGCGGAAUACGGAGUCUUUCAAAACAGUUUAUUUUUCCUAGAUUUUUUUUAAUGAGACUCCGCGUUUUCCACUUUCUGCCCCCAUACACUUGCAUUGUCUUUCUCAAUUCGAAACUUUGCACUAUCCUUGCAUCCCUAUAUAUUCAUUCUCGUUUUUCUUCUCGUUUUUCAUUUUCGUUUGUUGGUACAGUAUAUUUUCAGUCCAGCUAUGUUAGGAAGUCAUUUUCUUCCUGAAAUGGCGGCUCCCAUCGCUAAUAAUUCUGUUCAAUAUUUUAGUGUUUACUUGAUUGUGGCUAUUUUUUCUUGGUUGUCCUUGCGCAUAAUUACGCUGAUAUUCCGAGAUAACAGUUACUCUAAAGACGUUAUAUCUAUAAAUAACAGGUGUGUCUAAUUUCAUUAAAUAAAAAUGGGUAGAUAUUUCAAAUAUUUAAUACUGUAUGUUUGGUUUGUGUACGUACACAUGAUUCGCUUUUAAACGAUGUGUUGUAAUGUGAAUUUGAAACAAUUAUCAGUUCUCUCUAGAGUGUCACACUAAAUUGAAUUGAAUAGACCUUUCCCCUUAUAACAAAAAUUUUGAUCUAGGCAAGUCUAGACAAAUGUUUCAUCACAGCUUGAAAGAGCAUCACAAAAUUAGUAAUAUUCCAAAGUUUCGUUGCGAAAUGUUGUAAAAUGAGGAAAAUAGAGCCUUUCAAAGUUUGCAAUUUUCAGUCAUUUUGCAUUACAAACGGGAAAUUGCAGCCCCAACACCCGAAUCGGAUGUCAAUUUCCCGUUUGUAAUACAAAAUGACUGAAAAACGGCAAACUUCGCAAGGCUAUAUUAUGGAAUAUUACUAAUUUUGUGAUGCUCUUUCAAGCUGUGAUGAAAUUUUUGUCUACAUCGAAAUUUUAGUUAUAAGGGGAAAGGUCCAUUGAAUUGAAUUGAAUGUUACUUCAGGUGGAAUUCUAAAGUAACUUUAUAGUUAAACCUAAGAGUCAAAACUCUUUCCCUUAGAGGUCCAGUAAGGAUCAUACCAUAUUGGUCCUGUGCCACUGUCAGUUUCGGAGUGAUGCUAAGCUAAACGUUGUAUUGGAUGGCUUUAUCACUUGAACACUUCUGAUCUGUUUUCCCUAACGAUCAUGCCAAACUGGUUGAGUGCUACUUCAGAAAGAUCCAAAACUUUUAUAUUUGAUAGUUGUAUCAGUUUAUUAAACUGUUCUCCCUAGAGGUCCAGCAAAGUCAUACUGGUCUGGUUCUAAACUAACGUUAUACUGUUGGUUGGAACUAUUGGUUCAUUGUUGUUACCGGAGGAAACUUAAACUAAACUACCUUAUACCUAAUAACUUCACCAGUUCUAAACUGUUUUUCCUAGACGUCCAGUAAGGACCAUCCUACAUUGAUCCUGUGUUAUUACAGGAGGAAACUGAUGUAUAAUCAGCAUAUUGUGGAAAUCGAAUCUCACUUGCAAAAAGUGAAACGAUACGAACAAUCUCUUAGUAAAGUUUGAUUUGUUCCUCCAGAAAUGUAUACAUGGUGUUGUCGUAUUUUUGGUUUUUCAUUGGACUUCCCAUGGGUUUCUUCUCCGCCAUAUUACGGAUUCUGAAGGCAAUGGCCGUUGGCGCUCUGAUGUUGCCAAGAGUCGAUCAUAGUGUCAUGCCUGAUGGUUUUCAACGGCUUGAUCGAGGUACUCAACUUUAAUUAAUAUAGUUGUGACGAAUUUUCUAAAUCCAAUUGACAGAAGUGAAAUAGAAUAUCGGAAUACUCCAUUGAGUAUCGGUUAUAGGAAUAUCGGUAAAUGAAUAAAUAUGUAAAUAUAAAUUAUAUUAUAAAUUAAAGUAAAUAUAAAUUAAAUAUAAAUUAAUAAAUAUGUAAAGAUAAUAGUAUACAAUUUAAUUUUUUACCUUUAUAUAGACAUUUUAAUUAAGCUAUUUUAUCGUAACCUAAAUUGAUGUACUUUAUUACCCUGUUAUUCAAUUAUUUGCCAGAGGGUUUUGAUGAUAGUAAUAAUAAUAAUAAAAUAAAUUUCCAUAUCCGUGUAUAACUAUAGUUUUGAAAAUCCAAAUGUUCUCCAUGCCAAAAUAAUAAUAAUAAAAUAAAUUUCCAUAUCGGUGUAUAACUAUAGUUUUGAAAAUCCAAAUGUUCUCCAUGCCAUCCAAUCAAUCAUUGUUUUGACCUACAAUAGUUUAUACCAUUUUUGCCAAGGACCUAUUGGGUUGUGGCGUCAUCCGUCAUGCAUUAACACUUACCAUAUACAUUGAUAACAUCUUUGAAUAUGACUUUAUGUUGAAUUUAUAUCGAUACAUUCUGGUCACAUAGUUGUGUUACAAUAAAUUGAAAUCCAAAAUAUUUUUAAAUUUAAAAUAUAUUUUAUAAAGUUAUAAUACAAAUACCAAUAAUAUUGGCAACAAAAAUACCGAUAUUUUGAAUUCAUGACCGAUAUGGAUAAUUCAAAACAAUGAAAAGACAAUGGCACAGAAAAGAUACUAGACUAGAAGUGUGACCACUGGAACGCUAACUGCAUGCAGGUAAACAUGCCCAUACUUGCCCGAAGCCAAGAUGGCGCCUCUCGCAAGCUCAGCGAGCAAUAAAUUAACUCUCAAAAGGACUGGGGAGAGUUUCUAGGAGCGGGAAAUUCAGUCAAAAGUUUGUUUUUGAGCGAAAAUCAGCAAGAAAAAGCAUUUUUUUAUCGAAAGUCUUCAACUUUAAAGAUUCAAACCUGGUUUCCUGGAUAGUUCUAAGUAUUUUACAUCCACUAACAGCAAAAACGUCCUGGGUAACAGCUUGAUAUUCAAAAUAUUACACAAGUGAGUGUGACUCAGACGAUAUUUCGUGCGAAAUUUUACGUGCUGACGUGCCAAAUACGCCAUCAUAUGACGCCAUCCUGGAGUGCACACGGAAGUUUUUCAUGGGUACAAACAUAGGUACAAAGUGCCGUGUGCAUUCCCGGAUGGCGUCAUAGCACGUAAAAAUUUCGGACGUUUUUCCCAAGCCAAAACACAUAGGAGUGACACUUCUGGUCUAGCAUCUAUUCUGUGACAAUGGAACAAUCCGAUCACUGAUUCAUUGGAUAGCAGUGUUAUUAUACUUAGCUUCUGUUUAUGUGCCAGAGUCGAGACCAUGUCAAAGAGAUAUGUGUAACACAUGCAGUUUCGAUAUACAGCUAAAUUCAGUUAAGUUUUUUUUUCAAACUUAAAACUGCAAAACCUGGACUUCUAAGCAUAUAAGCAUCGCCAUUGAAUUUUUCGCGCGUAGAGUUGUGAUGUUAACGUUAAGUUGAGACUGAUUUAAGGAUCCUGAAGGGGUAAAAGGAAACUGGGAUUUGCGUAGUUUUGGAUUGGGAAAAUGAGAUUUGGGUUGCUGGGAAUGAAAGACACAAAAAUGGGAAAACCCAAAUACCAUUAUAAAGACAGUCGUAUAUAGUUUGACAUUUCAGAGUGAAAUAACUUUACGAACAGCUACAGAGCAAUUUUUGUAGAGAGUUUGUCUAAAAAAAGUCCAGGAAAACUUAAUUUAAUCGACUUAUGGCUCAAUGCAUGAGGUCAUUUUUCUGCUAUUGAAGUCAUUCAGUCACAUACUUUUUUUCUCGGCAAAACUAGUUCUAAAGAGUAAAGUGAGUAAAGAGGGCAAUUGAACGCAGAAUUGUGUUUAAAAGUCGUUACAUAGAUGAGCCGCCUGCUCUGAGUUUUCUUUCAAUUUCACAGUGGGAGUGGGAUUUGAUCUGAAAAAGAGCUGGGAAUGGACCAUUUGCAUUAUUAUAGACUAAAUUUUGAUCUAGACAAAAAUUUCAUCACAGCUUGAAAGAGCAUCACAAAAUUAGUAAUAUUCCAAAGUUUCGUUGCGAAAUGUUGUAAAAUGCGGAUGAUAUAGCUUUGCGAAAUUUGCAAUUUUCAGUCAUUUUGUAUUACAAACGGGAAAUUGAUGCCCCAACACCCGAUUGGGCUGUCAAUUUCCCGUGCGUAAUAGAAAAAGACUGAAAAACGGCAAACUUCGCAUGACUAUAAUAUCCGCAUUUUACAACAUUUUGCAGCGAAACUUUGGAAUAUUACUGAUUUUGUGAUGCCCUGUCAAGCUGUGAUGAAAUUUUUGUCUAGAUCAAAAUUUAGUCUAUAAUGCAAAUGGUCCAUUGGGAUUUAGAGAAAAUUUGGGCUGGGAAAAUGGAAUCUAGACCACCCACCCCCUUCAGGACCCUCUGGUUUUCUGAUAGCACCAAAACUACAAGGCAGAUCCAGAAUAUUUUACAUCCAACUGCUCCUUCCCCCGGAAAGCAUCAGCCUCCGUAUGCCUAUACUAACACACCAAUUAUGAGAGUAUAUAUAUGGUUUGUACUAUAUCUAUAUAAGUAACUUUUUUUAAAGGUUUCAAUGCGUACAUCUGUUAUCUUCACGUGGAAACAGCUUAUAGAAACCCAGUCCUUCGAGUUUUCUGUCAAAUACUGGUCGAUGAAACGCGUAAGUGUUGAUUCAUUGAGAGUACGAAUUUCUAAAUUGCAGAAUUUUAUAAAUUUAUUACCAAAACCGCAGAUGCCUCUUUUCGCCCCCCCCCCCCAAAAAAAGUGUCUUGUUUCCGUGUCAAAACAUUCAUGAAUGCGACCACAUUCCUGCACCUAUUACUGCUAAAAUCAACCUUUUAUAUUAGCUAGUCCCAGAAUUUUUUGGCAGUCUAUAAAAAACUGACAAUACAAGACGGCACUGUUCGGCAUGUUUCGAUUCACAUUAAUAGACAGCACUUCCCAAUAUUACCCAAUGUAUGGCAUGCACUUGCUAUGGUAACCCUCCUAUCAGUCAGCCUAAAAUCGCGACGUGCAUGAUCAUUGAUACAAAAAAUGAAGCCAAUGGUGAAUCGUAACGUGUGCGCCUCAGCAAAUCUUUAUAUUAUUAUUAUAAGAAUAAAUGAUAGAAAUCAUCUUUUUAAAGUUCAAUUCGUUGACAGUGAUCACUUUUGUUACAGAAAACAAUCCACGAAACGUGCAAACAUUAGGUACGUAUUUACCUUAAAUGUUUUUUAUUAAAGUGAAAAAUAUACCAGCCCCCCCCCCCCCUUUCUGUUAAAAUUGUCCUCCCUUCAUAGCAUAUAUGGUUAUUACAUCAUAGGAAUCAACAGGGUACGAAAAUGGACAUUUUCAGCUCAGGCCCGGGCCAGGUGGUUUCUCGCCCUUACCUUGGCCCGCAACCCACAACUCGCAUCAGAUCGUAAACCUGAUGUUCAGGCACCUCAACCCGCUCAGGCUGGUCAUGCCAGACAUAGCGAUGUCGUGAUUGAAAUUGAUCAAUUUUGCGCUGAUAAUACUGCAUUAAUACAAGAUAAGUGA